AUGGGCACAGAGCCAACUCCACGAAGCUUGUUGAAGAAGGUUGGUCAGUGGGACCUGGGAAAGACACUUGGUCGAGGAGCAUAUGCUCAUGUCCGCCUUGCAACUCAUUCUUCCGGACACAAAGCUGCCUGCAAGAUUCUCCCCGCCUUACAUCGUCUUCGUGAUCGAGCGGUGACAUGGGAUGAAACCGUCGAUGCCAUCGAAGCGCACAAAGAAGUCGUUCUCCUCAAAGCAUUAUGGGGCGCUGGUCUUAGAGGUGUUGUGGGUUUAGAGAGUGUGGUUCAAGAAGGCGGCUGGACAUAUGUCUUCCUCACUCUUUAUCCAUGCUCUGCCUCUUCACUCCGUGUCCCUUGGCCUCGAAAUAAACUCGUUCCUUUCUUCCGACACUUAUGUCAUACCGUCGCUUGUCUACACUCUCUCAACAUCAGUCACGAGGAUAUAAAACGAUCCAACGUUCUUGUCACUACUGGUGGGGAGCCCCGAUUGGUAGAUUUUGGAUUUAGUCAUUUCAAACCCUUUGGGGGAGCUGUCAAAAGUGCAGGAGGAACGUUGGAUUAUUCCAGUCCUGAGAAAGCUAAAGAUGUGUUAUAUGAUCCCCAAGCGAGCGACGUCUGGGCAUUAGGAAUAUUAUUGACCAAGAUGCUUCAUGUUCCUCAUCCUUACGCCGACUAUCGAUGUGAAGAAAGUAGCGGACAUCUAAAAGCGAAUAUUAUUCAUGGGUAUGCCGAGUUUCAUUGGGAAGACAAUGACAGGAUUUCUGGUCUGGCAAAUUUAGUGGAAGGCAUGCUGGCACGAGAUCCUUCCAAAAGGUUGACUCUGGAUCAGGUCUUGGAACAUCCAUAUCUUCACACACGUACCUCUGACCCGCCAUCUUUCAAACUACCUUCAGCCGACAAGGCUCCUCUAGUCCCCCCUCAUGUACUCGACAGCAUCGUCGAAGACCUUUGUUUCCUUCAAUAUCUCGAUGGAAGAUUUGCCCUUUGUCAGACGGAUAUAAUGGUACGAAGCACUCUUGUCGGUGAUCGCCCAUGUUGGGAGAAAAUGUGGGCAGGUAUGUUAGGGAAGUGGUGUAUGAGGAAUGAACUUGAAUGGGAGGAUAUCCCACCAAUCAAACCAAAACCCAUCUCAACUCGUGCAUCGUCUUUACCCGCCAUCCGACUUCUAAGUGAUACACUCACCAGCAUGACCACUCAAAUCCCUAAACCAGCAAGGAAACAACCGGUUCCAGGUGUUUUGCGAGAGAUUCAUCUGACCCCGAAUGUGAGUUUUUAG